CUCACUAUGGCUUUAGCCGCAAGCAGGACCCUCUUGGCGCUAUUCGUUACGUUUUGCGCACCUGGAUGCGGAUGGUCAGCAGAGAAGCCCCUGCGGUCACAGAAUGGGAAACAGACAUCUUUGGAUAAGAGCCUGAGGGAGCGCUGGGAGCCGUCUAUUCAUCUCGAUGGAAGACCUGUGGACCGCUUCGUCAUCAGCUCCAACAAACCCACGAGGUCUCAUCGCUUCGCUAAAAUGGGAAAGGACAGUAGCCCUCGUCUAAUGGAGGAUGUAGAUCCCGAAUGGGUUAACCUGGAUGGCUUUGCUGUGUUGGGCGUUGCACCGGUCAGAAACUCAUCAGCAGGUCCGGUCAGGUCUCGGCAAACCGCUGCCAGAAAAACAUCCUCGGUACAGCGGCCCACCAUGGUGAACAGAACAGCCCACUCAUCAGGCGUUUCCAAUGCCAGGACACACAGGAGGGCCCCUCAGUCCUCCUCAGGGUCCAGGCAGCCUGAGAGGGCGUUGGGAAGAGCCCCCCCGCUGGGAAGGAGACGCCAACACCACACCAAGCCUCAAUCUGACCAGAGAAACCGAAACAAAGCCAAACUAACCUCUGAGUCCGUUCAUGUGGUGUCACUGCAGGCACAGAAACCCAUGGGACGGAGCGCACCUGCCAACAGAGCAAUCGCAACCAAAACAACCACACCAGAGCCGCCAGAGUAUGAGGCCCGGGACAUCGGUGUCAGGGUUAUGUCCCCUCAGUCGGUCCUCAUCUCAUGGGUGGAUCCUGCUGUGGAGAUGGGGAAGGUCGGCCCAGAGGAUAUCAGAUCCUACACAAUAAAGUACAGAGAGAAGGGUGAGUCGGCACGCUGGGAGUACAAGGACAGCACCCAGAGGAGGAUGCUGGUAGACACCCUGUUUGCUGACGGCAUGUACGAGUUCUCUGUCAGAAUCUCUCAGGGAGAGAAUCAUGGAAAGUGGAGUGUCUCCGUCUUUCAGAGAACCCCUGAGUCAGCUCCAUCUGGGCCACCGGAGAACUUCGAGGUCAAGCCACUUAGAGGGAAAGGAACUGCUGUCAUAGCAACAUGGGAUCCACCUGAAGAACCCAAUGGGAGGAUAAGAGAGUACAUCAUGUCUUAUGCUCCUGCUAUGAAGCCAUUUGGAAUGAAAAGUGUGACGUAUCGUAGCAGCGCCUCCACAGCCACUGUAGAUGGCCUCACACCGGGAGAACGGUACAUCUUCAAGAUCAGAGCCACCAACAGGAGGGGUCAGGGCCCCCAGAGCAAAGUCCUCAGCGUUGUCAUGCCAGGAUCCAGCAGCGGGGCCUCGGCAUCCUCGAAAACCAAAGACAGCCGCAGGACUAGCCACUCUCCUUCCAAACAGGAUACGGACCAUGAGGAAUCGGAUCUCCAAACAACAGAGGCGCCAGAAGAACCAACAACAACAACAACCCCUCAGCCACGGCCUGCUGCACCUGUCAGGCGUGGACGUCCCCUCCUCUCCCAGCCUGUAAGGGGGUCUGUCAGGAACAGUGGGUCAUCCAGAGGAAGAGUUCAAGAUAAAGAAGAGGAGGAAGACGAAGAAGAGGAGAAAGUACCCACGACGCCUACUCCAGUAAAAGAGACGACAACCAUAGAGGUUGUACCAGAGACCAAAGUCCCAGACAAUGAUGUUUCCCCUGAAUUUGAAGAAGAAUUAGUAUAUGAUGAAGAGGUUCUAACUACAGAGACCCCCAGCCUCAAAGUUUCGACGCCCUCUCCAACUAAACCUCGUCCACAUCCACAGCCCAGAAGGCCCAUCAAGAUCCGGGUCCAUCAGAAACCAGGAUCCAAGGCCGCUUCAUCCUCUUCUUCUUCUUCUUCAUCUCCCUCAUCUUCUGGUUCCUCCUCUUCAGCAUCAUCCUCACCUUCUUCAACGUCAUUGUCCUCAUCUUCACGUAUUCAAGAGUCGGCUGCCAGUAGAAAGGACUACGUGGCUUCAGCAUACCCAGAGAGCAAAGGCACCUUUGAUAAACCGAUCCUAACACAUACAAAACCAUCAUCUACGGUUUUGAAAGAGACACGUCCACAGCAGACAGGGGCCACAUCUGUCGGUAGAGGUUCAGCUUCAGCGGGGCGCCCCAAUGGGUCUGGUUUUGGCUCUAGAUAUGGUUUCGGUCGCAGAAAUCCUGGGAUUUUGUCAAGAGGAAAUUCAUCUCGAAUGCUGAAUGGUAACAAACCUGCCAUCACCUCACAGAUGCAUUUACCAAGCAGGACUUCAAACACACGCAGUUCAGCAUCACAGUCGACUUUACCAGACAGGACUCAAAACCACGGAACAACGCAUACUUUAAAUUCAGCCACAUCCAGGUCCCCUUCAGGAAGUGGAACCCACAGCCAGGCUACAUCAGACACAUAUCAUUUGGACAAAUCACAGUCAUCAUCAUCAGGGUCCAAGCCUGAAGGCUCUGCAACUUCCCAGAGCUCAGGCAGCAAUCCAUCCACUUCACAUGGCAGUCCAGACAUCCCAUCCAACACAGACAGCGCCGGCUCAUCUCAGUCAACUUCCCACAGAGGAUCUCACAGCCCUGCAAGUUUACCAAAAACACAGAGCUCACACACAUCACCUGAGCGAGAUACAACAUACAACAAUGGAAAUGAUGACGGUGAUUACAAAAACACAGACGCAGAAUUAACCAAAGUUGAAGAACCGUCUUCGAGCUCUAAACCGCAACCCGCAGUGGAGGUGAGACGGGAGGAGGAAAGAAAGGAGGAUAGCGGUAAUGGGAAACCUGUGGUUCCUCGUACCUCACUCGCUGAAAGGUUUCCCUGGAUAAAGAGCCGCAGGUUUGGUCAAGGGACGAGAGCUUCAUCUUCCAGGCAGGAGGGUAGACACCUCUCCACCAGGACGUCAUCUUCAGUCGGGGCCGGCAGACCCGUCUCGAGGGGGGUACCCACUAGGGUUUCAGGGGCUACAGGUGCUGCCGGUGUAUCAACAAUACAGGAGACAAGUGCAGAUCUAGGGAAGCAGGACUCCCUAAAGAACGGAGUAGGGGAAGGUUCUGUAAAGCAUCCUUUGACCAAUCAAAAUACAGUAUCUAGUGAUUCUAGAAACCCAACUACCUCAUCCUCUUCAUCAUCUUCCUCUGGGGCAGCCACUUCUUCUAACUCUGAAUCCCGUCGUUCCUCAGGUGGACAUAGAGACUCAAGUGAGCCCGUCCAUAGGGAAACUUCAAAUAGUAAUGAUCAUAAUGAGGAUUAUCUUGAGGAAAGGAGUAGAGAAUUAAGUAGAAACAAUGAUAAAGUUGCAGACCCUACAGCGGCCCAAAGGAAUCCUACUUUACCGUCAGCAAACAGAAACUUGGAGGACAAUGAGAGUGUGGAUACAAGGGAAACUUCUUCCAGGACAAGACCUAGUUUACCAUCGGGAGGUGCUUCACCUUAUCGCCGUCCUGGGAUGGGGGGCAACGGGAGGGCCCGCUCUCCUCUGCUUGCUAACAGGCCGUUUGGUGGAUCUAGGCUUCCUUCCAGAGCACAGAACUCAAGGCUCGGUUCUUCAACAUCUGAUGGCUCCUCAACAUCAUCUGAUGCCGCUUCUUCCUCAAAUAUGCCCCAGCCAGUUUUGACCUCGGAUCGUGACGUUGCCACUGGCAAUACUGUGACAAAGACAGGGGGAUUAAUUGGAGGCAACUCCCAGUCUACAUCGUCGUCCUCAGCAUCUAGAGACAGCUCUAGGGGCAAGGGGGGUCGGUCUCGCUAUCCCAUCGUUAGAGGGAAUCUACCCAAUGGAGGACAAGUCAAUGGAAACGGUAAAAAUGGACGACCCAAUCUGACAGCAACAAGUGAUAAAGAGACCCCCACUUCUCAUGGAACCAACAAGGCUGUUGGUCAAAGGUUUAUCACAGGACCUGAUGGAUCCAAAUGGGUGGUGGACUUGGAGCGAGGAGUUCUUAUGAACAAGGAGGGACGAGUUCUCCAGGACUCACAGGGUAAACCUAAGAGAGUGGUGCUUGGAGAGGACGGAAAAACCAUUUUUGACCACCUGGGCAGCCCCCUGGUAAACCAGGAAGGCAUGGCUCUGUUUGGCCACGGCCGGGACAGUCAACCUGUGGUCAACCCAAAAGAUAAGAUCCUCAUGGUUGGAGGGAAACCUUUACUUGGCUUGGACCGUCAUCACCACAGAACAACAACCACCACCAAAGCCACCACAACCAGGGCUACUACCACCACCACCACACCUGAACCCACCACCACUGAAUGGAUCAUAGAGUCUACCACGGCACCACUUUACCCAAUCUGUCCACCUGGUACCUUCUCCAAAACAGAUGAGUACGGUUACCCACUGCUGGAUCCAGAAGGAAUAUUGGACUGUUAUCCAGAAGAGGAAUCCUCAGGAAUGGAAAUGGACCACAUGGUUACAUUAACCAUGGUGCCUGAUGCUUUAGCUCUUGAGAAAGAUGAGUUUCUUGUCCAGACCACCCUGCCGUCCACAACAACAACCACCACAGAGAUCCCCACUCCAGAGCCAGACACCAGACCAUCGAACCAUGGCCCGUCGUCAGAGUUUGACCUCAGCGGGAAGAAGAGAUUCACAGCUCCUUAUGUGAACUACAUCCGGAAGGACCCUUCUUCUCCUUGCUCCUUGACUGAGGCUCUGGAGUUUCUUCAGGUUGACGUCCUAGAAGAUCUGAUACAAAAGGACAGCCUGAAAGCCAAUCAGAAGCAACCUCCCAAAGACAAGCCUCGCAACUUCACAGUGGUCGCCAUGGAGGGCUGUCACUCAUUCAUCAUCCUGGACUGGGGCCGCCCACUGAAGGACGAUAUGGUGUCAGGCUACAUGGUGUACAGUGCUUCAUAUGACGACGUCCUCAACAAUAGAUGGUCCUCUAACCCCUCCAGUGGGACACACCUGGCUGUGGAGAACCUCAAACCUAACUCCAGGUACUACUUCAAAGUGCGGGCCAAGAACGUGUUUGGUUUGGGACCUGUGAGCCAUACACUCACCUAUGUCACAGAAUCAGACGAUCCUCUUCUCAUCGAAAGACCACCUGGCGGAGAACCAAUCUGGAUCCCUUUCAGCUUCAAGUUUAACUCCGCCCACAGCAGCUGUAAGGGCAGCCAGUAUGUAAAGCGGACAUGGUACAGGAAGUUUGUGGGCGUGGUCUUGUGUAAUUCUCUCCGAUAUAAGAUCUUCAUGGGGGAUGGUCUGAGAGAACCAUUUUACAGUAUAGGAGACACUUUUGGCCAGGGGGAGGACCAUUGCCAGUUUGUGGACUCCUACAGGGAUGGGAGGACGGGUCCAGCUUACCUCUCAAAUAAUCUGCCCUCAGCACAAGGAUAUUACCGCGCCUACAGACAGCAGCCAGUUUCAUUUGGAGUCAUUGGCCGACGCACAGCCCAUCCAUUUGUGGGCUGGUAUGAAUGCGGGGUGCCCAUCCCCGGGAAGUGGUAACACAGGGGGAGACGUUGUUACCGAGGGCAACCCUUCUGCAUCCUGCUGCAGGCUCUUACCUUCACUGGUCUUGCCUUUAAAACAGACUUUUGCCUGCCACAAUGAAAUUACACCACUAUGAAUUUAUCCCAGCUUCACAGAAAGAGAAUAUAGUAAACGACCCAAUGUAUAUCAUUACAAUGCACUUUUUAUAUAAAGCAGUUUGUAUAUGAGGGAAAAAAUAAGCAUGUGUGCUAUUGCUACGUAUAACUCUUCUUAAAGUGUCAUUGUAUUAUUCCCAACCAUCCCCAAAGACAUGUCCUCACCCAGUGUUAUUUAUCUCAUCAAUAACGCACACGCACCGUCAAACCAGUGACAUUGGACCAAAGCACAAGCUGCAAAGUAAACUGUAAGAACGGGCACUUAAAGGUGUGUAUAGGUCUGUUCAUUUUCUAUUGUGAGAUUUGUAUUUCAUAACGUAACAGCUUCUGACUUUUUGUUUGUUUGUUUGUGUUCUUAAUCCAUCAUACUGUGUUUUUUUCCCUGUUACACAUUUUUGGUAUUCACCAGAAUUCAUUAAAAGUUACUGUGUAAGUUUUGUAUGUAUACGGACCAUGAAUAAAAGACCAAAUAUUU